ACUAAAAUAUGACUCAGAUUGCCCAUACAGUCUGACUAGAGAAAUCCCCUAUGUUUUGUUUAUUUACUUAUUAGUUACUAUAAUCAACUAGCUGAGUCAAACACAUCAGAAUGUGAUGUUUAAAGCAAAAAAGUGUUACAAAUAGUGCAUGUGAGUCUCAUAGAACUGGACUGAGUGUGCUAGGGAUCCUUCGUGGCAGAAGAAUGAGUCAUCCCUGCCAUUGUGUGUGCUGUGGAGUAUAAAAUCUGUGCUUUAAAACCAGACGAUUUAUUCCAACAAAACAUCUGCUUAACUUCUACGGGAACACACCAACUUCAAGACAUGUCUAAGCUGGAGAAAGCCAUUGUGGCCAUAGUGGAGGUUUUUGAGGAAUAUGCAGGCAAAGAUGAGCAGAAAACCCAGCUCAGUAAUGCUGAACUUGGACAGCUAUUUAAAGCCCAAAUUACCAGUCCUGAAUUUAAGGAUAAAGUGGAUCCAGACGAUAUUAAGGAGGUCAUGGAAGACCUGGAUAAAAACCAUGAUGGCGAAGUGAACUUCCGUGAAUUCAGUCAGUGUAUUGCUGGCCUAGCCAGGGGCUACUACAAAAAGAAGCAUGGCAAGGAUAAGUGCAGAGACAGGGGCAGGGGAUGUCAGGAUAAGUGAAAACACACAUCCUUUACACUUUAACACUUCUACAAGUACCUCUUGAUCAUCUGUAAUAAUGCUGCAUUUUAUAUGCUGUGAGAAAGGCAGAGGAAAAAAAUAUUGUUUAAAUGGAGAGUAUUUAGUAAUUCAUGUAAUAGUAAGCAACAUUUCUCAAAAGAGAGUGUUGUGAAAAAUGCAUGUCCUGUCUAACGAACAGUACAAUAUAAAAUGUUUUUUGAACACCAAUAAAAACCUCUUGUUACCA